AUGGCACGGGGGUUGUCACCUGUCAGAACCACUGGUACAGCAGCACCUGUGUUGAGAUCCAGUUCUCCAAAACCCAAUCUACCAUCACCAAAGACAUCCAGCAAACCUUCUUGGGCAUCCGGUAAACCCAAGCUCAAAGCUACAGCCCGUGGAGAAGCUGUCAAGAAGAGUAUGGAUAUUGGGUCGCAGACCCGUCCUGAGGGGUAUAAGCCUUUUGUUCCAAAACCAUUUGAAGACAUGAAGCCUGAAGAAUUGAAAGAAUGGAAGCAAAAACGAUCAGAACAAGAGCAGCUCGCCAAGCAAAGCAAGCUUGUGCCCUCUGUUGUGGAGGAAAGUGGCAAAGAAACCACAAGUAGCAAAGCUGUUGUUUCCUCUCCAGAAAGCAAGGUGGAGUUGAAAGCUGCUCCAAUAAAUGUUGGCAGUGUUGCUAUGUCAGAAACCAAGGUGCCUGCAUUGAGAUCCAGUUCUCCAAAACCCAAGCUGCCAUCACCAAGAACAGCAUCCAGCACACCUUCUUGGGCAACGGGCAAACCCAAACUCAAAGCAACAGCCCGCGGAGAAGCUGUCAAGAAGAGUAUGGAUAUUGGGUCACAGACCCGUCCUGAGGGGUAUAAGCCUUUUGUUCCAAAACCAUUUGAAGACAUGAAGCCCAAAGAAUUGGAAGAAUGGAAGCAAAAUCGAUCAGAACAACAAGAACAGCUUGCCAUGCAAAACCAAAGCAACAAGGUUGUUUCUUCUUCCUCUCCGGAAACAAAGGUGGUGUCGAAAGCGGGAAACGUUGGCAGUGUUGCCACAUCUGUUACCGAGGCAACUGUUUCAUCAAGAGAAUCAGAGACGCUUGCCUCUUCCACGAGAGCCGCAUCCAAUCUCGGACGACCGAAGCGACUUGAUCGCAAUAGGGGAGGUGGCGAAGCGAAGGAAGCAGACAGGGACGACAGGAACACUCCGAGAUUGGCUACUCGAGACGAAACUCUGAACUUGGAGUUUCCGUCGAGUUUGUCCGCCGCCAACAUGGCGCAACUCACUCAAAUGGCAGUGGAUUUGAGAGGUCGUUUCUUGGACAGCAUCAAGACGGUAUCUGUGGUUGUGCCUCCGGACAUGGCCAUUGAUACCCCGGCCCAGCAGUCCAACGUCUCGGACGUCUUUGCCGCUAUUGGCGAACUCACAAGGCUCCAGGAUCUUACAAUCGAGUCGAAUCGUUCUUUGAGCAACUCGACAUGCAGGAACAGCAUUGCCACGAGUGUCGUGACGGCAACACUGCAGUCGAUUGCGACUCAGUUUCAACGGGAGAAGGAUCGAUACGGUCUCGUGUCGGUACGUAUCCAAAAUGUUUGUUUGAUGGACGACCAAGCGGAUCUAGUUGACUUUUUUGAUGCUCUGGGGACCAUUAACGAAAUCCCGACUCUGAAGCAAGCACAAGUCGAUGUCGAAUUCACGAGCUUCCGCCGUGUGAAGUAUUAG